CGCGUAAUUGGCACCACUAUCUUCAGGUAUGCCCCGAGACUUACACCAUCCAUAAGCUCUAUUAGAAUGUCUCACUUCGGCACUGGCUCCUAUGCCGUCAGUUUUCAUGUUUAUAAAAGCGGCGUAUUCCUACAGCAUACCUUGCAAGAGCGAUGUCCUCCCCUCUUGUUGUAACCGCGUGCAUAAUUGGGACUGGUUUGUGGUUUGCGAUGGGAAUUACUCGGAAUAAACCCAGCCUACCCUAUCCUCCGGGUCCCAGACAGCUGCCCAUUUUCGGAAAUGCUUUUGACGUUAAUCCCAAGGAUCCCCAUAUCACGUAUACAGAGUGGGGGAAAACAUAUGGGGAAAUCGUUUAUUCCCGUAUAUUCGGACAAGAUAUUGUCAUCGUGAAUUCUGAGAAAUUGGCACGAAAUCUGGCUGAGAAGCGGUCAACCAUCUACUCGGACCGCCCUCAUUCGCCCCUUUUUCGACUUUUCGGUGUAGAUCACACGACGGGUGUUCUGGAGUACGGCAGGGAAUGGAAGACACAUCGAAAGCUUCUUCACCUUAGCCUUCGACACGAUUUUGUUGACAGGUAUCAAGAGUUACAUCUCCGUGCUGCUCACCAACUGGUGGAAAACAUACGACAGGACAGUAAAAGUUUUUAUGAUUACCUCGAUCUGUACACCGCGACCAUUGCUCUCGAGUUCACUUACGGGCGUAGAUUGGAUGGGAAAACCGACCCCAUCAUUUCAAUGGCAGCCAGCUUGGCAGAAAGUAUGACGAAGGGGGUGACUGCCGAAAGAGUUGGGUUGCUGGCAGCUUUACCAAUCCUCAAAUACAUUCCAUCCUGGUUUCCAGGUGCUGCAUUCCAGGAUGAAGCGCGAAGGUGCAGAAAUAUGAUGGCAUCUUUCGCUGAUGUCCCAUUCGCCAAGGCUAAGGAACAAGCAGAAGCUGGUGUACUGCAGCCUAGCUUCGUUUCCGAUAUUCUGCAGCAAGGGGAGGCAGAUGAGUCUGCUGCAAAGGAGACAGCCGCAGGUAUUUAUACAGCUGCUGGAGAAACUACCUCUUCUACUUUGAAGAUUCUUCUGCUGGCUAUGAUACUGAACCCUGAGAUCCAGAACAAUGUUCACGCUGAGCUAGACGCAGUAGUUGGAAAAGGUGUCUUACCCACCUUUGAAGAUAGAAAGCGCUUGCCGUAUUUGCAGGCCGUGUUGUUUGAGGCCAUGAGAUGGCACCCCAUUGCCCCUCUAGGUUUUCCUCGCGCUACGACCACCAGUGACGUUGUGGAAGGAUAUUACAUCCCGAAAGGCACUAUUGUAAUAUUCAAUACUUGGGCCAUGACAAUGAACCAGUACAAUGAUCCGGAGCGUUUCGAUCCAACUCGACACCUCACUGCGGACGGAAAGCUGAAACCGGACGCCAACCAAGACAACUUAAAGUACUUCGGUUUUGGAAGGAGGAUUUGUCCUGGGCGGUUCUUUGCGGGUGAUUCAAUGUGGGCAGCUGCGGCAGUGAUUCUAUCUACCUUUCGUUUCGAGAAAGCUAAAGAUUCGUUUGGAAACGAGAUCGAAAUCAACCCUUUCUUUCACCGUGGUGCGCUUAGCUAUCCUGCCCCGUACCAGUGUUCCAUCAUUAGCAGGAUUGAUACUGAACGUGAAGGGUAGUAGCUUCUUUCUUGCAUGCCUACAGACGCAACUGGACAUUGUAUCAUGUAAAUCAACAGUUUCUGUUACAUACUAGUACAAUUACCCCUCUCAGACAGUUGGUCAACCCCUUAGGUUCUCAUUCUUGAUGCCAGAUUGUAUAUCAAAGG